GGAAACUAUAAGCAACUGUCGUGACUCCAAGUACUUCCAUGCUCAGGAGUGGACGUGGCCCUGGCCCUGCGCGCUUUAUAUCAACCACUCAUGCAGCGCUGCCUAACUCUGACCUUUGCCCGGCACAGCAGGCUUCUCUUGAGACAUAAACCUGCAUCUGUCCACUGCCAGCAGUCAGCAGCCAUGUCCGCUCUCCUCAUCAACCAGCCCAAGUACUCCUGGCUGAAAGAGCUGGGCCUGUCUGAGGACAACCCUGGCGUCUACAAUGGGAGCUGGGGAGGCAGCGGGGAGGUCAUCACGUCCUACUGCCCCGCCAACAAUGAGCCGAUUGCCAGAGUAACUCAGGCAACCAUGGCGGAAUAUGAAGAAACGGUCCAGAAGACGAGGGAGGCUUGGAAGAUGUGGGCAGAUAUCCCAGCGCCCAAAAGAGGAGAGAUCGUGAGGCAGAUCGGCGAUGCACUGCGAAAGAAGAUAAACGUCCUCGGGAGCCUGGUGUCUCUAGAAAUGGGCAAAAUCUAUGUUGAGGGAGUGGGCGAGGUUCAGGAAUACGUCGACGUCUGCGAUUAUGCCGUCGGCCUGUCGAGAAUGAUCGGCGGGCCCAUGCUGCCUUCAGAGCGACCGGGCCACGCCCUGAUCGAACAGUGGAACCCAGUCGGCCUCGUCGGCAUCAUCACGGCCUUCAACUUCCCCGUGGCCGUGUACGGCUGGAACAACGCCAUCGCUCUGACCUGUGGCAAUGUCUGCCUCUGGAAAGGAGCUCCGACCACACCUCUCACCAGCGUCGCAGUUUCCAAGAUUGUGGCCGAGGUGCUGGAGCGGAACAACCUGCCCGGAGCCAUCUGCUCCAUGGCGUGCGGUGGCGCGGAUAUCGGAACGGCCAUGGCGAAGGACGAGCGGGUGGAUCUGGUGUCCUUCACCGGCAGCACCCAUGUUGGCAAGAUGGUGGCCAUGAUGGUGCAGGACAGGUUCGGCCGCAAGCUGCUGGAGCUCGGUGGAAACAAUGCGAUCAUUGUGUUUGAGGAUGCCGACCUGAGUCUCGUGGUGCCCUCCGCCGUCUUUGCAUCCGUGGGCACCGCUGGCCAGCGCUGCACAACAACCAGGAGGCUGAUGCUGCACGAGAGUCUUCACGACGCAGUGGUCGAGAGGGUCGCCAAGGCCUACAAACAAGUGCGCAUCGGAGACCCCUGGGAUCCCACCACCCUUUACGGGCCCCUGCACACCAAACAAGCUGUGGAUCAGUACCUGGCUGCUAUUGAGCAGGCCAAGCAGCAGGGAGGCACCGUGGUCUGCGGGGGAAAGGUGAUGGACCGCCCCGGAAACUACGUGGAGCCCACCAUCAUCACAGGGCUGGCUCACGACGCCGCCAUUGUCCAUACCGAAACCUUCGUCCCCAUACUGUACGUCCUCAAGUUCAAGACGGAAGAGGAGGCGUUUGCCUGGAACAACGAGGUCCAGCAGGGCCUGUCCAGCAGCAUCUUCACCAAAGAUAUGGGCCGGGUUUUCCGCUGGCUCGGGCCCAAAGGAUCCGACUGCGGCAUUGUGAAUGUGAACAUUCCAACAAGCGGCGCUGAGAUCGGCGGGGCCUUUGGUGGAGAGAAACACACCGGCGGUGGAAGAGAGUCUGGCAGCGACUCCUGGAAGCAGUACAUGAGGCGUUCGACCUGCACAAUAAACUACAGCAAAGAUCUUCCUCUGGCCCAAGGAAUCAAGUUUGAAUGAAGCCCUUCAGGUUGUUUGUAGUUGUCACGGAGUCCAAAUGGCAAAAUACUAAACAUUACAUGACGUACUAAACAUGAUUGCAUUAAGAAAGGUCAGUUUGAAUUAUAACAACUUUUAGCAAUUUAAAAUUGGUUCAAAUGUUACUGUAUUAUCUAUCAGAUAUUAAUCCUGGUUUGAAAAUAGUUUCGUGUUAAAGUUCAAUGUUUUCUUGUGCACUUUCUGCAAGCACUUCGAAGGAGAGUUUGAGCUGGAUGACUGUACUGGAUACUUUAUACAGUGUAAAAACAAAUAAAUCUCCUUUUAUUUUGCAAGGAU